AUGAGAGAAGUUAUUAGCGUCAACGUCGGUCAAGCUGGUUGUCAAAUUGGUAACGCUUGUUGGGAGCUUUACUCUCUAGAACACGGAAUAAGACCCGAUGGUUAUCUAGAAGAGGGUCUGACAAAACCCAGAGGGGGCGAAGAAGGAUUUUCGACCUUUUUUAAUGAAACAGGUUCAGGCAAGUUCGUGCCUCGUGCCGUAUACGUCGAUUUGGAGCCAAAUGUGAUCGACGAGGUACGUACUGGUCCCUAUAGGGAUUUGUUUCACCCAGAGCAGCUCAUUAGCGGUAAGGAAGAUGCGGCCAACAAUUAUGCUCGUGGCCACUACACUGUUGGAAGAGAACUAUUAGAUGACAUUCUCGAUAGAAUCCGUAAAAUCUCGGACCAAUGCGAUGGGCUCCAAGGGUUUCUUUUCACGCACUCGUUGGGUGGUGGUACUGGUUCGGGUUUAGGCUCUCUACUGCUCGAGCAAUUGUCUAUUGACUAUGGUAAAAAAUCCAAACUUGAGUUCGCGGUCUACCCUGCCCCACAAGUAUCCACGUCUGUAGUUGAGCCCUACAAUACUGUGCUAACAACACACACCACCCUGGAGCACGCCGACUGUACAUUCAUGGUCGACAACGAAGCAAUCUACGAAAUGUGCAAGAAGAAUCUAGACAUCUCUAGACCUAGUUUCUCGAACUUGAACAACUUGAUUGCUCAAGUGGUCUCUUCUGUUACUGCUUCGUUGAGAUUUGACGGGUCUUUGAAUGUAGAUUUGAAUGAAUUCCAGACCAAUUUGGUUCCAUACCCAAGAAUUCAUUUCCCAUUGGUAUCCUACGCACCUAUCUUAUCCAAAAGCAAAGCUCAUCAUGAAUCAAACGCUGUGUCUGAGAUCACGAACGCAUGCUUCGAACCGGGCAACCAAAUGGUCAAGUGUGACCCAAGAUCUGGUAAAUACAUGGCCACUUGUUUGCUGUAUAGAGGUGAUGUGGUGACUAGAGAUGUUCAAAAUGCGGUUGCUCAGGUUAAAAAUAAGAGAACUGUUCAGUUAGUCGACUGGUGUCCUACAGGUUUCAAGAUCGGGAUUUGUUAUGAACCCCCUACUGCCACCCCACAAUCACAGUUAGCCUCGGUCAAGAGAGCCGUGUGCAUGUUAUCUAAUACCACAGCCAUCGCCGACGCAUGGAAACGAAUUGACAGAAAAUUCGAUUUAAUGUACGCUAAGCGUGCAUUUGUACACUGGUACGUCGGAGAAGGUAUGGAGGAAGGUGAGUUUACAGAAGCUAGGGAAGACUUGGCUGCGCUAGAGAGGGAUUACAUCGAAGUUGGUGCUGACUCUUAUGCCGACGAAGAAGAGUUUUGA